AUGGCUAACUGUUCUUCUCAACAGCUUUCUUCUUCCUCAUCGUCGUCGAAGGCUCGACGCUCGACUAGGCUGUCUGUACGGAACUCGAUCGUUGGAACGCCUGGCAGGGCGCGGCAGGCUAGCGUUCGUCGUGCUAGCAAUCGUAUCGACCCGAACUUGGAUUUUCCCGACUUGGACUUGGUUGACUGGGGCGAGUUCGCUGAGGAUUCUGAUGACGACGCGGCGCAAAACCGGACCAAUGUGGCCCACGAGGGCUUCGGGAACCAUAAUUAUGCGACCGGACAAACCCCUAAUGUUGUGCCUACAGGCCAUGCUCCGAUCAAGUUUUACCACAACCCGAACGUUGCGGUGCCGGGCACUCCGCAUGUUUCGUUUCCGCCUGCGAACCGACAGAUGGGUCCGCCGGUGGGUUUACCGAUGGGCUUUAAGCAGGAGAAGGCCCCUUUCGUGAUCAAUGGCAAGACGGUGAUGUUAUCACAAGAGCAGGUGGACGCAUUGAGUGCUGUUGCUGGCCUCGCUCCGCAGCCGUUGCUAACGGAUGGGAAGCGCACUUCUGUGCCUAAGUCUCCGGGGAUUCGGAAGCGUAACAGCCAAUUCCGCCCACAAGCUGCAUACAGCGAUCCGUUCGCUGGCUCAGAGCACAUCGAUCCGCAAGAUCUUCAAUUCGGUGUUUUCAGCAACAUCAACUACACUCCUUUCCCCGAGCCAACCGCCUACCCAGAAGGUUACGCUGACGCUCGUCAACUGCUACCGCAGUCGCCCUACUACCAGAGCACGCAAUGGCAAGGCGCUCCUUCGCCUGGUGGUAGGCACAUUCAGUUUCCACAACCCGAGCCUGAAUACUUGCAGCUGACAAUCCCCCAACAGGUAAGCGGGCCUGUUUAUUUUGAGCGAGAUCUUAUCCCAGAUCUUGACUUCGAUGAGCCCAAUGCUAAUCAAUACCAGAACCGCGGCCGCCAGUCUGCUUAUCCAUCCCGCAACAGCUCCCUGGGUUACGGUCGUAGGAAUCUUCCCGUGGAAUCCAAGAAGAGCGCUCGCCAAGAUAAAGCCCGUGCAUCUGUGUUGGGUCGUGAGACGAGCCAGCAGUACCAAAAGCCCAAGCUCGCCACAUACAAUUCCGAUGUUCGCAUCAACAGGACUACCAAGGGUCUCACGACGCGGACCGCCAAGAUCAACAACUAUGAUCCCCGUAACUUCUACACUUACAUGCCCCACCCGCUUGGUACUCUCGAGCAGCCUUGGGGCGCUCCGUGGAAGGCUCAGGGGAGCCCAUACUUGCAUGAGUACCGGGAUUCCUCUUUGAAGGAGCAGGAUGGCGGUGAGGAGAUCGCAAUUUACGAGCUGAAGAACCGUGAAAUGAAUCCCGAUGAAAUUCAGGACUUCAUACUGGGCUAUCCCUACCACCGCAACAAGUUAACUCUUAGGCUCCAGGUCACCCCCGGUGAUUCUGGGCGCCGCUAUCGGCAAGGCGCUGAUAAGUGCCGCUUCAAGGACUGCCCGAAUCGUGUGAGUGGUGUACCUGCUACGAUCAAGCACGGCUGGUUCCGCAUUGCCUUUGACGAACGCGAUGACGAUGAGUACGAUCCAUUUGCCGCCAACUGCGGGUUUGUGCAUCUGUACUGCAUGGAGCGUUUCCUGGACUUCGAAUACAUUUGCCGCAAGGCUCACGUUGUGGUCGACUUCCGAGUUCAGAUGCGGAACGAACCCAAGGGGACUUUUGCUGCUGCGUUCACCACGAAGAACAGGGUCGCGGGGCUGCUUGCCGAGCAAUUCAUUGUCCACGCUGGCAAUGCCUCUCGACAGCUUGGUGACAACUAUGGGGUCCGCCAAAUGCGUGAAUUCCAGAACUACCCUGUUAAUAUGCCUUACAACGGGCAGAUCUGGGACCCAGAUUAUAACUUUGAGGACACGCUGAGCUACCACAUGUUCCUUGUGACGGAGCAGGAUCGUCCAGCCGCCCAGAUGGCCCAAUUUCAGGGUCUUUCGCCUACGGUUCUGAGCGUCCACCGCGGCGACCUGGGCAUGGUCGCUGAAGCCAAUGCGCGGCAAAAGCAGGCCAAGAAGAUGAGCAAGGGUGGGAACAAGAAGAAGGGCAAGAAUGCCUCUCCCGUCACUGACAAAUACGACGGCAAUUCGUCGUUCGACAUCGAGGUUCGUAGGCGGAUACAGCGGGCCAAGGAGGUGUUGAACCGGAGGGCUCAGGAACCCAAGACUCGUGUGCCUAAGGAGACUGAUCACGGUCUUGCAGAUAUCGACGGAGAAGAGGAAGAGGAGGAGGUCGCCGCUACCCAAUACGAUCGACAACCCUGGGACCUGCCCGACGACGCGAGCGACAUUGAGGAAGGGCACACUUUCCGACAAGGUACCCGCCGCAGCGGGCGCAACAAGGGCAAGCAGCCAGUCUACAGCGACGAGCCUGAUAUCGGUCCAGCUUAUAAGCCCCAGCCUCAGCGGCCGCUCAAACGCAACUUCCAGGAGUACGAGCAAUCGCAGAAGAACCACGACCAGUACGUCUACGGCCAGGACCAGCAGUAUCUGCAGAACAGCUACGCGCAGAAUGGGUUCGCGCAAGGCUACAUGGACGGGCCUGCACCGAAGCGCAAGCGGUCCUCGAUCGCCCCGCCCCAAGGCUACGCUCGCGCUCAUUCGUAUCGGCCUAAUCUACUCCAGCCCCCUCAGCAGUGGCAAGAGAACGACUACGACUACGAGCUGGACGAGGCCGACCUCUUCGGCGACCUCAACCUCCCCGCCUCACCCAAGCGCAAGCGCCCUUUCACAUCCUCCCGCCCCGACGAGCAACAGCAGCACAGCGCGCAGUACCGCACCAAGCGCUUUUCCGACCUCGUCGGCUCCGCGCCCUCGCCCUCGUCCAGCAUCAUGCGGCACCCGGGCUCGCGCACGCCCUCGGGCAGCAAGCGCAACGCCUCCUUCAACAACCAGCCCGUGAGCCAGCAGAAGACGUUCCACUCCGACGCGCCGCCGCAUGAAAUGCCGCGCAUGGUCAAGGAGCUCGAGCUCGACAUUAACACCACGUCGCCGCGGGGCGCGAAGCCGGACGUUUCCUCUGGGCGCACGCUGCGCUCGGGGCGGUCGCUGAGCGGACUGAGCAGUAUUAGCCCUGAAUCAGUUAGAGCGAUGAGGCGGUCUUGUGGCGGUUGA